CACUUCUAUUAUUUCUACACCAAUCUGUAGAUACAUCUUUCUCUACUUUCAAUAAUGAGUGGAAGAGGUAAAACCGGGGGCAAGGCCAGGGCGAAGGCUAAGACUCGUUCCUCCAGAGCAGGGCUGCAGUUCCCCGUCGGUCGUGUUCACAGGCUUCUACGCAAAGGCAACUACGGCGAGCGCGUCGGUGCCGGUGCUCCGGUGUAUCUGGCUGCUGUGCUCGAGUAUCUGACGGCUGAGAUCCUGGAGUUGGCCGGAAACGCCGCUCGGGACAAUAAGAAGACCCGUAUCAUCCCCCGUCACCUGCAGCUGGCGGUGCGUAACGACGAGGAGCUCAACAAACUCCUGGGCGGAGUGACCAUCGCUCAGGGCGGCGUGCUGCCCAACAUCCAGGCCGUGCUGCUGCCCAAGAAGACCGAGAAACCCGCCAAAACCAAGUGAACACGAGAGAACACGACACUCACAAAGGCUCUUUUCAGAGCCACACACUUUCUCUUUAAGAGCAGUUUGAAAUAUGCAUCUGAACCGCUUUAUUUCUAUUACGUCUAUCUUUAGUACACUCCGCUGCUACUAAUAGCGAAUUGAUACUAUUUACAUUCUGUAGCAGACAAAGCGACUUAAGGACAACAGAAGCAAACCAUAUCAAUAAAGGCCAAUGAUACACAAGUGCUAUAACAAGUCUCAGUUAGACCAAUGCAGCACAUGUACCAAGGGCUUUUAAAUAAUAUAAAAAGGAAAUUAAAACGGAAUUCAAAAGGUUAGAUUUUGUAAAAAAAAAAAAAAAAAGAA